AACCAGGGAGGGCUCAUUGACAUUUAAAAUCUAUUUUUCAAGAGCAUCCUGGCCAAGAUAGGCAGCACCAAGUCAUUACAAAAAAUGCAAGGAUUUACUGCAGAACAGUUGCAGAGGGUGUUGAGUGGUAGUGUUAAGUCCUCCCAGACUGUUGAUCUGGAGUAAGAUUAGAUAUGAAAGUCAAAGUUCUAUUUAGUAUUGAGGGCAAGCAAUUGCGUCACCGUAAUUUGGAGAGAUGUUAGUGCAAUUCUAUGCGCCAUCGAUUUAUCCACCAGAUGUCGUCCUUGGGCCGCGGCAAAUCGAAGAAACGGCUGCUUACUCAGGUGCUUUACGCACCUCUGCCUGUCUGUUUAAACUACCUACUGAUCUCUAAGGGUAUCCAGGAACAACACACGAGUCGUCAGAUAAAAGAAGCGAAGGGGAGAGUGAAGGGAAAGGGAAGUCAACAGUGGACACCUGCCAUUCUCCGUCCGCAUCCUCGUAUGUCUUCAAAGACAUGGGCGAAAGAACAAACUAAUUAUUUCUGUAAACAGAAUAGAUUAAAUGGAAUGGAGGCUACUCGUUUUAUGCUGUUAUAUCAGACUUGUUUUGCAAGAGUGAACUUUUGGCGAUAGAUGUCUAUUUAACCGUAAAUAAAUUAGAACUAUUUUGAGGAAAGGUAGAGGUUUGUAGGCUUGUUGUCGUCAAUCGAGUUCGACAUUGGACAAGCCAUACAGGUGGGUGGAGAGGGGUCGUGCAGGUAUUGAGCAGGAUGUCUGACCGAUGUCCAGUUUAGCCACUAUUUUCUAACAAUCGAGGAUACUCCAACCACCAGUGGCCAUGAAUGACACAGGCGAAUCAAAAGACCACCAACUGACAGUGGCUCUUAGGAUCAGACCCCUCAGUGAUUCUGAGCAGGAAGAGGCAGCCACUAUUGUAGCCCACCGAUUGGACGACCAGAUGGUUGUUCUGAUGAACCCCAUGGAGGAUCCAGAUAAUAUCCUGCGUGCUAACCGUUCCCGGGAGAAGACCUAUAUGUUCGACGUUGCAUUUGACUGCUCAGCCAACCAGGAAGAGGUGUACAGAGCCACGACCAAGGGCCUGAUCGAAGGCCUCAUAUCCGGCUACAACGCCACUGUUUUUGCCUACGGACCCACAGGUUGUGGGAAGACCUUCACUAUGUUAGGGACGGACAGAGACCCGGGGAUCUACGUACACACUCUAAAUGACCUGUUCAAAGCCAUUGAGGAGACCAGCGAUGACAUGCAGUACAACAUCUUCAUGUCAUACCUGGAGAUCUACAACGAGAUGAUCCGGGACCUUCUCAACCCAUCCUCUGGGUUCCUGGACCUGAGAGAGGAUUCUAAAGGAGAGAUCCAGGUGGCUGGCAUCACAGAGGUCUGCACUAUCAACGCCCGAGAGAUCAUGGAUCUGCUGAUGAAGGGUAAUAAGCAGCGUACCCAGGAGCCCACGGCAGCCAACCAGACUUCGUCCCGGUCCCAUGCCGUGCUGCAGGUGUCGGUCAGGCAGACGAGCCGCUGUCGAGACCUUCUACAGGAAGUCCGCUUCGCACGCCUCUUCAUGAUCGACCUUGCCGGCUCAGAACGAGCCUCACAGACACAGAACAGAGGUCAGAGGUUAAAAGAAGGGGCCCACAUCAACCGCUCCCUCCUGGCUCUGGGUAACUGCAUCAACGCCCUGAGUGAGAAACAUGGUAACAAAUAUGUCAACUACAGGGACAGCAAGCUGACGCGCUUGCUGAAGGACUCGUUGGGAGGCAACAGUCGCACAGUGAUGAUAGCCCACAUUAGCCCCGCCUCCCUGGCCUUCGAGGAGUCUCGCAACACGCUGAGCUACGCUGACCGUGCCAAAAGUAUCCGCACACGGGUGAAGAGGAACCUGCUGAACGUGUCCUACCACAUCGCUCAGUACACUAACAUCAUCUCUGACCUGCGCAGCGAGAUCCAGCGGCUCAAGAAGAAGAUCGCCGAUCAGGCUGGACGUCAGCUCAACUCUGACCGAGCUGACAUCCGCCAUGUCCAGGCGGAGGUGCAGGCCCACAGCACGCAGGCGAGCCGAGCAGAGAUGGACCAGCUGAGGGAGCAACUCCUAGAGGCCUUCAGGAGUCAGAUGGAGAUCAGGAGGAGCCUGAUGGAGCUGGACAACAGCAACAUGGAGAUCCAGAUGGACACCUCCAAACACCUGCUCACCAUCGCAGAUUGGGAGCAGGAGCGGAGUCGUUGUCGCAGGAAGUUGCGAGCAGAGAGGAGGAAGGAGAACAUCAGUAAGGAGGAGAGUGGGAAGGAUUUUGACUGCCCUGAGUCUCCCCCAGACAGCACUGAGACCCAGGAAGUAGCCAUGGCCAGAGAGAAAGUGGUCACUCUCAUUGCUGAACAGAACAAGAUACGCGAACAGAAGGCUUUACUGGAGCGCUGUUUCGUGGAGCUGCGGGAGCGUGCAAGGCGCCUGGAGGAGCUGCUCCCUUGCAGGGUGAGCUCUGAAGAGCAGAGGGAGGUGCUGGGCCUUCUCUGUAAGGUACACGAGCUGGAGAUUGAGAAUGCCGAGAUGCAGUCCCACGCCCUGCUCAAAGACAACGUGAUCCGGCAGAAGAACUUUGUGGUGCUGCGCUUCGAGCAGCACCGCCACCUCUGUGACGAGCUCAUCCAGCAGCAGAGACGGUUUAUUGACGACCACAGACUCCUGGUGCCCCCCCACCUUCAGGAGCUGUAUUGGGUGUACAUGAGAGAGCUGGAUGAGAGGAACCUGGACAGAUCCCUGGACAAGGUCAGCGGGAGCACACUCAAGGAGGGCUCCCUGCCCAAGAUCACUCUGCCCAGCCGAAGUCGUGACCCGGUGCAGGACGUGGACUCAGACCAGGAGAGCGUUCGCACCAUGGGCUCAGAGACCAGGCAUGGCCGGGCCAAGACCCGCAGACACACCCUGCCACCCAUCCUACCUGAACCUGAAGGAGACAACAACCAUGUGUUUAAGGGCAGUCCCCAUGCCAGGCAGAUGAAACAUUCUGCUGUGUUGACCCCUCCUCCCAUCCACAUCAACGGCCAGGGGAACAGAGAGCUGCAGCCAUUGGCCCUAGAGACAACUCUGAACUACAGCCACCUCAGCCACAGUGUCAGCAGUCACCUGGACUCCUCCCCUGAGAGCAGCGAGACGGGCCAGGAUGACCCCCUCACACGAAAGGAGAGGCAGCAGAUCCUCAAAGGGGUUCACAACAUUGCAGUGAAGGCUGCUCGCCGCCGCUCCAAAGCCCUGGAAGUGGAUGCCCUGCGACUGCCCCCUCCUCCCUCACCCCUGGACCCCAAGAAGCACAAGAGCAUCCUGUCUUCGAAUGAGGCGCCCCCUAGGGGCCUGGCCCUGCUCCGCAGCCGGCAGCCCAGCCCCGAGCCCCGCCACGACACCUCAGAUGAAAACUUAUCCAGCAGCACGGGGGAGGGGCCUGUCUCCCAGGGCACCUGGACACGCCCACAUAAUUGCCAGCCGGCCUCCAAGAACCCAAACCUCUCCCUCCGCGAGCAGGACUUCGAGGCUCACUCCCGGAAGAGACGCUCCCGCUCGUUCGAGGUCACAGGUCAAGCACUGUAUCAGUCUAAGACAACGGCAGCCCAGCGUAUACGCCCGUUGGGCAGCACGUCAGACCCCCACCUCCACAUCAACGGGCAGCCCCAGGCCCCCCUUUUACGUCCCCAGCACAGGGGGGUCCCUUCUCUCACCAAAGUCCGGCUGCCACACAACAACCACCAAACAGGCCCCAUCACAGAGUCCUCCCCAGUCCACCUGAGCAACCUGAAGCGUGUGUCUCAGCUGCGCCAGCCCAUGCUCUACACCACGGGCACCGGAAGUCAGCGCACCCGCAGGCACUGAGGGCCUAAAGGCCUACUUCUCCUGGGUUAUGUUCAUUAGGGCAUAGAAUGGACAUUUUUGCAAUGGAAAACAAAAAUGAGUCCAGGUAGUCCCUUCCUGUUUUCUUCAGUUUGGUGCCUAAUGAUCAUGACCCAGGGUUUUCUUACACAGGACUUCCCAAUACCAGCACUACCCUGACCAGCUGACCCUGAGAAUGUUGACUGGACUAGAUGGACUGGAGAAAGCUGGACUUCCAAUCUCCACCUUCAUGCUCCUGAUUGACCCACAGCCCAGUGGGGCAUUGAGCCCCCUUUUGUCCUCUGGCCUGUGACCUGUGACUUCCACACUGGCUGUACAUUGAACCCAGAGACCUAGCUUUUCCUCGUGCUGAUCACUAGUAAGUAAGGUGGAUGAUGCCCUAAGACCUCACCAUCACAGACCCCAAAGAUCUUCUGUCUAUGACUUUUACUCUUCUGUUUGUGACUUUGUCUUAAAUGGCGCCCAAGUUCUAUAUAGUGCACUACUUUUGACCUGGCCCUGGACAAACGUAGUGCACUAUAUAAGGAAUAGGGUGCCAUUUCAGACACAGACUGUGACUGUUUUCUCUGCUCCUCGUUUCCCUGCUCAAGUGGUCCUGUGAGUGACCGUCCAGUGGCCACCACUAACCGCUACUAUCGCCCUGUACACAUUCCGCUUCUACAGAUGAUUUGGCACGAUUGUGAUACUAAAGAGUUUUUCUACAUACAAAUAAUUACAAAAGCCUUGUGGACACUGCAUAAUAGUUGUUUCUUCUCUCUUCUUUAUGAACACGUUUUAUAAAUAAAUAUAUUCUUUCUACA